AUGCCUUGGAUUCGGCGCAGGAGCGUGGUAAUGCAGCGUACCGAACCUGGAUACAUAGAGGUGCCGGCUCACCUGGUGCGGUGGAUGCCUCACUUCUUCUGCAUCGGUGAUUGCGGGCCGGAUUGUCCGGAUAACAACCCUCAAAACCCGCCUAUUCCACCAUGGGUGGCGCGGGCUCGAGCCCAAGCCCAAGCACAAGCAGAAGCCAAGGCACAGCCCGAGGCACAGAUACAUGCAAAGGCAGAAACAGAGGCAGAGGUGCAGACAGAGACAAAGGCGCAAACCGAGGCACAAACAGAAGCGGAGGUGCAGACAGAAGUGAAGGCGCAAACUGAUGCACAGGCGCAGUCUCAAUCAAAGUCCAAAACUCGACCACCGGCGCAGUCGCAGUCCGGAUCUCGGGCGCAUUCUCUCUCCAAACCAUCGUCUCCAUUUCGGUGCCGGUGCGCAUGCCAUUGUCAGUACUGUGGGCGCCCAAUAAAGGCUCUUCAACGCCUCUCUAACCGCGAAGAGCAGAAGAAAGAAGAGAAAGUAUCUCGAACCAUUGAUCAUACACCAUCUCCCUCGGCCAGCACCAUGCAUGGGUGGAUCAAUGGUGGCAAGUAUCACACACAGCAGUCAACCCGGAGCAAUAUGCCCUCUUUGCGCCGGGGCCAAUGA